AUGUCCGAACCCGGCCCCGAAUCAAUCCCUACCAGCGCAGACCCGCGCAGCAAACGUCCCACCAAACGCCGCGCCGUGACAGCGCACGAUGAACACGCAACACAAAUCGAGUCUCUCUUCCGCGAUCCCACAAAAGAAAUCAAACUUCCGGACCCCUCCAAGCAACGGACCUCGACAUCGCUUCCCCCGCCGCCAGAGAUUGUCGCCAACGUCCAGGGUUCCUCUGCUGGUGCGGGGUCGGGAGAAUUCCAUGUCUACAAGGCGAGUCGGCGGAGGGAGUACGAGCGCCAGCGGCUGAUGCAGAGCGAGGUCGACAAGGAGAAGGAGGAUAAGGAGUGGGAGCAGAAGCGGGAGGAAGCGCGGAGGAAGGAUGAAGAGAAGACGGAGAAGAAUCGGAAGAAGAGGGAGAAGCGGAAUGCCAAAAAGGGGAAGAAGGGUGGCAGUGGUGCGACGAAUGGCGGGGAUAAGAUGGCUGUUGAUGAGACGGGGAAGAAGGUGGUAGGUGGUGCCGAUGGGGAUAAGAAGGAUGUAAUUGAGGACGGGGAUGGUCCUGAGGAGGUUACUGAGGUGCCAGGGGUGAUUAUCCAUGAUGACUGA